UUCUCUAAGAACGUAUCUGUUGAUGCCAUCGCAUGCAAGACUUCAGGAGCUUCUUGUCAAGACUUCUGGUGGCCUCCGAAACAUCAGACAACAAGACUUCAGGAGCUUCUUGUCGAGACAGCUGGUGGCCAUAACUCUAAGGUGAACGAUGUUGACACCCUCACAGAAAGCAAAGCUAGAGGAACUCUGGGGGCGUGGCCUUAUGAAGUUCGACCCCCACUGCCCCCGAUUGUCUGUUUUGGUAGACGAGGCAGUGGGAGUCGGUCUGAACAUGAAUCAGAUCAAGAACUACGUGAAGAAAGCCCGUUUGGAGACCGGUAUGUGCAGUUGGGAGCAGGAGGAUGUGGACAGGGAGGUGCUCAUCGCUCUGACCCUUGACGAGCUGAGGGUCAGGCGAGGCAUCUCCCUCCAGGACGAGGUCGACAUCUUGACUUGGACUAGUUCACAGAGAACGGGUCUGGAGCCGAGGGCCGCGUCCCCCUCACCGCCGCAGGGACCCCUCUCCGGAGCCCCCCCUCUGUCUCUCCGUCCAGGCGGCCAGGUACUGGCAGUCGGAGAGAAUGACUGUGGACAGCUUGCACUGGUGGAUGAGCAUGAGAUUGUUAAGAGCGAAGACGACCUGGACUAUGAGGGACGGCUCCUGCCUACCCCGGUGGCCUUACCUGCUGGUAAGAUCAUCGUGGACGUGGCCGCCGGGGCUCUGCACUCGGCGUUUCUAACGUCCGAGGGAGAGGUGUGGACCUGCGGGAACAAUGAUGAGGGGGAGGUAGCGAGGCCCACCGCAGGGGACGUGGACGGUCAUCGGGUGACUUCCACGUGCCUCGACGCAUCCGGCCUCGUGGCGGCUGCAGUGUCCUGUGGCGACAGUUUCACCGCCAUCCUCGACACUCGCGGCCGCCUCUUCUGGGCCGGACAGUUGAGGGACAGCAACGGGGUUUACUACAACAUCGGGCCCCGUCUGCAGGAAGUCCCCGGGUGGUGGGCGCCAGUGACCAAGAUCUCGACUGGCGGCAACCACCUGGCCGUCCUCGUCGCCAACACCAUCGCCUGCUGCGGGGCUCCAGACCUUGGGCAACUUGGGAGGAUCAGAGCCCGUCGUGCCCUGAAAAGAUCAUCAAAGGAGACGGCUCUGACCCUGUCCCCCUGGACCACAGCCUCAGACUUUGUCGACGUCUGCUGCGGGCAAAACACCACCAUUGGCAUCACCGCAGCAGGCGACAUCUUUGGCUGUGGCGCAAACAACCAAUGCCAGCUGGCGCUUGAGGGGCCUCAGAUCAUCUGGACCACCACACGGAUCGAGGCCCUGUCUCAGCGCCAGUUGGUGCAGGUGGCUAUGGGGGACACCCAUGGCAUUGCCCUAAGCUCAACAGGAGCCGUUCUCUGCUGGGGAGACCGUUGGGAGGGACAGUUGGGGGAUAAUAGAGCCUGUGGAACACCGAGCGCCACUCCCCUGGCUGUCCACGGCCUGCCAAACGACAUCCGGCAGGUCUCAGCGGGCCCCAGACAGUCAUACUGUUGGACUAGUCUAAGUCAAGCUUACGCCUGGGGUUCAGGGGUCUCGAACCAGUUAUGCGUUGGUAAAGAAGUGGAUCGGAAGGAGGCCCCUGUCCCCAUGGUCGGACUGCCCGCCCGACCCAUCCUCAAGAUCUCGGGGGGCGGGCAGCACGUCCUCGUCCUGGUAGAACCUCCUGCUCCCAAAUGCUGACAGAGAAAAGACACCAGUAUUAAAGAGACAAUCUAAUACUACAACAGCAUGGAGCAGGCUGCUGGGGAGUGUCUGAGAAGAAGGCUAUG